AUGGCGAUCCGCUUUUCUCGUGUUACUCAAGCUAAGCAACUCUUGAAGCGGGCUAAUUCCUUCACUUCAAGAAAUGCUUCUCCAUUUGAUGUUCCAAAGGGGUAUUGCGCGGUUUAUGUUGGGGAAAGUGAUGACGAGAGGAAAAGAUAUGUGAUCCCCAUUGCUUACUUGAACCAACCCUCCUUCCAGGAAUUGCUGAGCCAAGCUGAGGAAGAAUUCGGUUACGAUCAUCCAACCGGAGGCUUGACAAUCCCUUGCAGAGAAGACAUCUUUAUUGAUCUAACUUCUCAAUUCAGUAGGAGUUAUUAA